AGUAUAUAUACCAUUAGAUCUAAACAGAGAAUCAUCGAACGAAAUCAAGCAUAGUAUUUGCGGCAUAAGUCUUGAAUUCAUUCGACCAGGACGCCACCACAGCUCAACGCAAAUAAAGGGAAUGGAUAUGCGUGCCCUGUCUUCACUUAUCUUAUGGUUGGCAAGCGCUUGCCUCUGUUCCUCACACUCUCAACAGAUGAACGAAGGCUACAUGGGAUCGAAGAACGGCCAAGCUCAGAACAGGCUCAAGGAUGCGAACACAGUCCAUGAUAGAGAUCAUUUAAAGGAACAUCUCGACAAGUCAGCAAAUGUAGAUUUCGACAAAAUGAGUGAGAGGGAAGUGUCUUUUCAUUAUUUCAAAGUUCAUGAUUUGGAUAUGAAUAAUAAACUUGAUGGCCUCGAGCUUCUUCAGGCUUUCCUCCAUGGUUAUGAGGAAAAUGUUGAGGACAAAGGUACUGAGGAGGAUAGGAGGAAGGCACGAGAAACAAGGGAGGACAUGGCAAUAGCAACACUGGAUUUGACUCUGGCAGAAUUUGAUGCCAAUGACGAUGGAUACAUCGAUUAUGUUGAAUUCGGUAACUCCAUCGACAGACAUCUAGAGAAUUCCAAACCUAACAAAUCACAAUAGAUGUAUGAACAGAUGAAAAAACUGACUUGUUGAUCUGCUGUCCAUGAGGAUGUGUUGGAAACCACCAUAUAUGCUGAAAAAGAUGCUGUCAGUCAGACUAGUGCCAUGCCAGAGUCUUCCUAGACCAAGAGUAGAGGUUCAGCACUAUCAAGACCAUUGUCUUCUUCUUCAGCGUUCGCCCCGCACUUGGAGGAGUUCAUAUCCUUCAGAGAAUAUUUGUCCUCCAAAGGCAGGAUAAGUAUUUUUGCAUACCACUAUGGUUAUGCACCACUUAUGGUUGUCAAUAUAGUUACCCAUGACUUCAGUUCUAUGGACUAGUCUGAUUUUUGGUAUGAUUGCUCUGAAGUCUUGGCCACAUUAUAGAUGGCAUCGUCUUUCUUCAUGCAUUCUGGAAUUGAUUAAUCACUGUCCUUUUAUGAGGU